AUUCGCAUUAUCAACAUGUCUGCUAAGUUCGUUGCCGUCCUUGCUUUGGCCGUCGCCGCCUCAGCCCUGCCCGUAGUCCCCGUUGGCAAAAUCGCUUACGCGGAAGCGCCCGCUCAGUACGACUUCCAGUACUCCGUCCACGAUGGUCAAAGCGGAGACGUGAAACAGCAGCAGGAGAACCGCGCCGGAGACGCCGUGCACGGCUCCUACUCUCUGGUGCAGCCCGACGGCGUGCACCGCAUCGUAGAGUACACCGCUGACAAGGAGCACGGAUUCAUCGCCAAUGUCCGCUACGAGGGACACCCCAUCCAAGCGCCAGCACCCGCCAAGAUCGCGUACGCCGCUCCCGUCGCCAAGGUGGCUUACUCCGCCCCCGUCGCCUACGCCGCUCCCGUCGCCAAGGUGGCCUACUCCGCCCCUCUCACCCACUUCGUUGCCGUCCUUGCUUUGGCCGUCGCCGCCUCAGCCCUGCCCGUAGUCCCCGUUGGCAAAAUCGCUUACGCGGAAGCGCCCGCUCAGUACGACUUCCAGUACUCCGUCCACGAUGGACAAAGCGGAGACGUGAAACAGCAGCAGGAGAACCGCGCCGGAGACGCCGUGCACGGCUCCUACUCUCUGGUGCAGCCCGACGGCGUGCACCGCAUCGUAGAGUACACCGCUGACAAGGAGCACGGAUUCAUCGCCAAUGUCCGCUACGAGGGACACCCCAUCCAAGCGCCAGCACCCGCCAAGAUCGCGUACGCCGCUCCCGUCGCCAAGGUGGCUUACUCCGCCCCCGUCGCCUACGCCGCUCCCGUCGCCAAGGUGGCCUACUCCGCCCCUCUCACCCACGUGUCUUACUCUUCUCCCUCCAUCUCCUACCAGCACUAGAGUCACUAGUCGUUAUCUGUUGUCGUUGCUUAAGUUAUUUAUGUGAUAUAAAUAGUUACAAAUAAA